AUGUUGUCAUACAGUUGAGCCAGCUGGCAUUUGGCAAGCAGUUUAAGGGAGGGACUCAAUGCCUAGCGAUUCAGAGAGUUUUGAUCCAAAAUUGCCCCCGGGGUGGGGAAAGGAAGAAGAAACCUGUCCUGAACAUCUCCUGAAUGGGGACUUAGCCUCAGAAAAGAUGGCCUCUUCCUGCCCCAUGGGAUCUGCUGACAGCCUGGAACUUCUAGACCUUCUUUUUGACCCACAGGAUGGGGUCUUGUGGCUCAUGGAGCUGGGAGACUCUGACUGUGCCCAUGCUGAGGACCAACAGAACCAGCCUGCUCCAGAACCAGACAAGUUCCUUAGCUCCAUUUUAGGAUGUGGGGACUCUAUCCCCAGCUCCCCACUCUGGUCACCAGCUGCUAGUGACAGUGGGAUCUCUGAGGACCUGCCCUCUGAUAUCCAGGACAGCCCACAGUGCUUUCAGGCUGGAACCAGUCCAGACAGCUACCAAAAGGCUUCUCAACCUUCCUACUGUCAUGCUGGCCCCUGUCUUGGCCCCACUGUGCCUGAGGGGUCCAGAGCCCCGGUGCUAGAAUCAUCCGUGUCCAUAGAUCUGGAAAUGUGGACCCCAGAAGGCAUCUUCCAGGACAGGCCAGAGCUGACAGGCUCAACUCCUUCCUGUACCCUCACAGUCAAGGACCUGCUCCUAUCCAGUAAUGCAGACAUGCAGCAGCAGGGAUCUCUGGCGGUGCAGAGGCCAAGUGUGGGGCACAUCCAGGAACUGGUGCUGACUGAGGAUGAGAAGAAGCUCCUUGCUAAGGAGGGCAUCACUCUGCCCACACAGCUGCCCCUCACCAAGUACGAAGAACGGGUGCUCAAGAAGAUCCGGAGGAAAAUAAGAAACAAGCAGUCGGCACAAGAAAGCCGGAAGAAGAAGAAGGAAUACAUUGAUGGGCUGGAGCUCUGCAUGUCGAAGUGCACAGCCCAGAACCAGGAGCUCCAGAGGAAGGUCUUGCACUUGGAGAAACAAAACCUAUCUCUCAUGGAGCAGCUGAGGAAACUCCAGGCCCUCAUACAGUCCACCAGCAAAUCGGCCCAGACAGGCACCUGCAUAGCCGUCCUGCUGCUGUCCUUUGCUCUGAUCAUCUUCCCGUCCAUCAGUCCCUUCGCUCCCAGAAAAACUGAGGCACCUGGGGACUUUACGCCAGUCAGAGUAUCCUCCAGGUCACUGACCGCUGACGCCGCCUCCCGGGUGUCCCAUGCUCCAGUCCCAGGUGGGGAGGAGCUAGGUCCCCAAGCCUCUAGCCGCUGGAGUCAGUAUCCCCAAGAAUCUAGCAGCCCAGGUCCGCUCUCCGACACUGCCACUCCGGGCAACGGCACGCCAGCUGAGACACCCACAUCAGAUGAGAUGCCUACAUCACUGGCUCUACUGGCCAGGAUGGAGCCGGGCCACACCAAGGCUGGAGGAUUGCUGGAGGCCGAGGAGGAGCUCUGAGAAGCCGGUCCUCCAGAGACCCGCUCCACCCAGAGAGGCUAGGCAGUACUAUUCCUAUAGUGUUGUGGGGGAGUUUUACUAGCUCCCUCGGCUUUAAGUGGAGUGGUCCAAUAUGGGGCGGGUCCCUGCUCUUCUCUUGAAAUUAAGCUACACCCUACCACCCUGGGCUGGACCCAGGCCAAAUGAGUAGGUGGUCACCCCCUAGCCCCUUCAUCUCUCCUCUGCUUCUGACUGAGAGGCUACUAGACAAAGACUGAAACAUACACAGACUUGCACAGGAUAUUAAAAAUGGAAAGGGCUUUAAAGAUCAAUUCAGCUCCCUGAUUCUGCCUGUGAGAAAACUGAUGCCCAAAGGUGGGGCAGGAACUUACUUAAGGUCAUCCAGAGUCUGGGACCUGGCCAGGACCAGAACCAGGGCUCCUGAGUCCCAGCCCAGGGCUCCUUUAUAAAGACAUAGAUUGCUACCAACAAUAUAUCCCCAGGAACAAAUCUGUGCACGACUGGGCUAAGGUACACGUCCCGGCAUCCCAGAGAAGAUAAUUCCAGAGCUCCCAGAAGUGAAUGGGGCAAAUCUUGGAUCUUGGAGGCUACCCUCAUCUUCCAAGCUCUGCCUUGUAGGGGAUCCCAUGGGCUCUACCCCUGCAGUCUUGGGGAUGCCUUCCCUCCUCUCCCAAUUCCCUGGAGGUAGGAUUUUGUAAGUUGAAGUGACCCCUUAAUAAAGUAUUUUGGCAGAAAGUG